AUGAAGCUGAACGAGAAAAAUGUUGCUCAUUUUUCGUCCUGUGACUCGCCCGUUGACAGAGAAGGUUGGCUCAGCAAGAGGGGCGAACUGAAUAAGAGUUUCCAGAAACGGUGGUUCGUUCUCAAAGGCAAUCUCCUCUUCUAUUUUGAACGCAGAGGUGACAAGGAACCCAUCGGUGUGAUUAUACUAGAAGGUUCGACCAUAGAGCUGUUUGAUGGAGAAACGUUUACUUUUCACAUCACGUUCCAGGGUUAUGGUACCCGCACAUACGUAUUGCAGGCAGAUGACAAUGCUGAGAUGACUGAAUGGAUGCGGGCCAUCUCCAUGGCGAAUUAUGACUAUAUGAAAUCCAUGGUGGAGGAACUACAGAAACAGAUGGAUCAAGUGACUCAGUACGAUUCAGAAGCCAAUUUUGGCAUAGCAGAUUACGGUGGGGAUGAAGUCCUUGGUGCUGUUGGUGGUAGAAGCUCAUUUGGUAGGAGAACAGUUACAGGGGGGUCGGCGCCUAAUGUUGCCUUCAACCCUCUUUUUGAUCCACUUAGCAAACCUUCCAGGGCAACUUUCUAUGUGGACCCUGGAUAUGAACAAUCAAAAGUUCGCUGUCUUCCCCACCCCAGUGCUCCUAGGGAUGUAUAUGACCAAUCACACACAAACAAUGAUGUCGCAAACAGAAGCCGGAGAUCAGAGUUUAAAGAUGUCCCAGUGAUACCGCCAAGACCCUCUCGAUAUGGGAUAUCGUCUUCAGUAGUGCUUGACCCGACAAAAUUACAGCAUUUGAUGCAGAAAGGCUCCAGCCAUUCCCUGCCCAAAGUACUGAGUCAGCCAACAGGACAGUCAAUAUUCCAUGACCAGGAAGUUUACAUUCGAUCAUUCACUGAAAUGCAUGAGGAAUUCGGAAUGUACAUUGUGCAGAAAAUAAACGAGUUUCGUCAGAAGAAGGAUUCAGCUGAUUUGGCUGCACGAAUGCAUCGUCCUGCACCACCACCACCACCAAUAGAUUCGAUAUUAGGUGAACCAUUCCAAGCAGCUGCUGGUUCAAUUCCACCAUCUGUUGAACCCAAAACUGACUUGCUCUUAGAUUUCUCAUAGCAUAAUGCUACAUGAUGGUUUACAGAUUUUAACAAAUAGUUGUGUAUAUUACCACAAGU